UUACAAACAACGCGAUAUAAUAUCCCUGAAAAUUAAUUUUGUUCAAAAUUUUGUGAACAUAAAAAUGAUUUAUAUCCAGUAGAAAAGAAAUCAUUGCUCCAAAAAUCCAUCGGAAUCAAUAACAACAUGAACGAGACAACUUGUGAUAAUCGACUGAAGAAGCAGCCAUCAUCGUUAUACAAUACGUGUAUUCGAUACGUUGCACGAAAUUUAAAAAAGUACAAGCACAUCGAGUAUUUGGAAGUGUUACCACCGUUGAUCAAGAAUGCCCUGGUUCUUAACGUAACUCGAGUUCACGGGGGCUUCCAGGAUGACGAACUUCUGGAAAUGCUGCUGAAUAUCACCCUCACUCGGAUAAAUCUGUCCAGUUCGACCAUAACCGAUAGGACAUUGCUUUCGCUGGCCGAAAAAUGUCCAAACCUUAAGAGCCUUACACUGACCCAGGGAGAUUACCGAUUCAGCCGUCGCGGACUGGAGACAGUCGUCCGACAGCUGAAACAUCUGCAGCAGCUUUCAGUCCGGAACUGUACGCUGGUGGAUGACGAACUGGUAGCCCUGUUGGCCCAGAACUGUCCCCGGCUGGAUCUGAUGGACUUUGAGUGCUGCGCGAACGUGACGGACCGGUCGGCCGAUUCGAUCAAACGACUCAAGCUGACUAAGCUGAACCUUUCGAGGACGCGCAUUUCGGACCAAUUCUUGAUGGCGAUCGCCAACGCGGAGUGCGGUUGCUCGUUGGAGGACCUUAACGUCGGCCACUGUAGGAUUACGGGUGCGGGCCUGGGGAGACUGCCUUGGGAUACGAUCAAGUACAUCGGAUUUGAGGGAUGCGAGAUAGAUGAUCUUGACUUCAUAGGAAUGAACAAAAACCUCAAGUACAUACAAUGGACUAUAUCCAAUUGAUGGAUAUUUCGCCACGCACAGUGGACAUGCAAUAUUUAACUAUCGUGUAAGUUUCAGAGACAUAUAUAUUUCUACAUAAGUCGCAUUCUCAACGGUCAGACGGUCAAAGAUUAACUAGAAGUUUUUAUCUGAUAACGAUAAAUCUUUAAUUUUGAAUGCACCCUGAUAUGGAACCCUUUAAAAGCAAUUACUAUUUACCUAAAUAUGUACCAUCCACGGUAUUUUAUCGAUAAAUUUAAAGUGUGAUUCAAAUUUCAUGAUCAGAGAACUACUUAAUAUUAACGACUUAGAGUAUAAUACUAGCACAUACUUUAGAAUUAUUUAUUGAAGACGAGUUUUGCAAUACAAAUGUAAAUAAGAUCAUCGAAAGCUCUGAACGACUUUUUAACAAAUUGCCUAUUUGAAACACGGAACAAUUUAUAUUAACUAAACAAACUAAUUUUUGCUAUGUAUUAUGUUUUAGACGCUUUUAACCAUGUGAGGACCAAAUUCACUUUUCACCUCUCUCAAAAUUUGUUUUCAUUUAUUUGUAUCGGAAAAAUGUUAUAUCUUUAGUUUUAGGAAACACCAAUCUAUUCAAUCAAUGUCUAUUCUAUCCUCGUCCCUAUGACCUUCUCCAAAUAACAUUUUAGGAAUCCCCUUAAAUCACAUGUUGCCCUUGAAUAGCGUUUAGCUGCGCCAGAUGAAUAAAAGUACACACCAGAAUAGCUAAACAAAUUUUAAACGAUCUUAUAACAAAAUAAACUAAACGAACACGCAUACUACUAGACACAAUACAGUCACGGACCAUUCCUAAGUCGCCCUAACAAUAGCGACGAGUGAAAAAACUCAACUAGAGCAAAGUAAUUUAUAACCUAGUACAGAAGUAACAAAACUAUUUCAACUCAAUGUCAAACGGAAACAGAAGUUUUCGCAUGGUGAUGAUUU